AUGGACUUCGACCCUUUUGACAUGGAAAGUUUCCUACCAGACAAUGAUGGCCUGUUUGCAGACGACCUGGGCACGUUGUCUACCGGCGGUUCUAGUCACGACUCUUCGACGUUAGACCCCUCGUUGCAGGCUCCGUUAGAUGGCAUCUAUUCCUCCGCCAACUUCCAAGAGGAUGUUGCUUUCCUGCAAGCUGCACAAUUUGGGACGGGGCCGACGGAGGAUGUCAAUCUAUCACCGCUGCCAAUAGUAACCAGUCCAACGAGUGACUGGUAUCUCCCACCCCCGGAGCUCGGAACGACACUGCUUGCGGAGUUCCUGACUGACCUAAAUACCGCCUAUCCUCUCUACCAACCACAUGUCAUUGCCGACCACCUUCGGACAUGCUAUGCGGGGCUGCCUGAUGAUUCGGCAAUCGCUUGGACGAGUGCGUACAUCGUAUUUGGUAUGGCACAUCAUAUGCGUGGCAUGAGUUCGACUGGUGACAGCCAUAACAUGGACAUGGCUCAGUACUACCUUGCCCGCGCUUACUCCACACUUGACACUCUUCUCACAGCGCCGCCAUCCCUAGGACAGGUACAAUGCCUUGUCGGUAUCGCGUUACUCAUCGUCGCCAGCCCAUGCAGUAAUAAGAAGCCAGCGGGUCAAUUCGUCUCCACCGCCCUCCGUGUCAUCAGAAGUCUAGCCAACGAAGGCAAGAAAAGCAAUGCAACGGCGCAGGAGCUGAGUGACGGCGCACAUCAGCGUCGUGUUUUCUGGAUCUGCUUUACCAACGAUAUCAGUCUAAGCAUCUUGAGCAACACGCAACCAACACACCAGCUUCAAGACGUAGCCAACUGCUCCGACUUUGUGGCCGACGAGCUUGGUGCGCUCACUGCGACCGAGGGUACUCUCUCGCAAGACAAGUAA